AGUCAUAGUAACUUUUAAUGAUAACAUAGUAUCUUUUUCUAAGAACAUAGUAGCAUUCACUUUUGGAAAAUAAUCAUAACAUAGUAUUUUAAGAACAUAGUUACUUUUAAUUUGAACAACAUUUAACUUUAUCUUUACUUAUUUUUGUAGGAAAUAUGUGAGUUGCUGAUGCUGAUGAGGAGAGACACUCAAGUUGUCUCCGAGUUUUACAUGCAGAAAAUUAAGUUGUUUUUAGAACAAAAACGUUCAUUUUCUUCUCCUCCUGUCCCUUUUCCUGAUGUUCCUUCUACCUCAUCCACACCUUUUUCUGAAACCCAAAGUUUUUUCAUGAAUCCUACCGUGCUCAAUACAAUCGAUGAGAUAGUUGACACGGUUAAAUGGGUUACCUCUAUUCCCAGGAUGGUGAAUGAGGUUUUUGUUGCUGAUGAGGGUGAUGUAGAUGUAGAUGUAGUGGAUGAGGUUGAAUUGGAUCAAGUUGUAAAUAAUGUUGUAAAUAAUGUUGCUGAUGAGGGUGAUGAUGAUGUUGUAAAUAAUAUCACUGUUUUUGAAAGCCAUGGUUAUGAGAAUGUAUUGAUACAUGGCAGGGCUAAGUGUUCCAUUCCUUUCAGAGGUGUGAAUGAUAAAUUUACAUAUGUUUCACAUUUGCUGAAGUCAAACAAAAAAUAUAUGAGACAACUUGGUUCGUUACUUCAAGAAACAGUUGACUAUUGUUUUGUUUCUGAUCAAUGUUUUGACAAUAGGUGAGUCUUUUUUUUUGGUUUUUCUUUUUAUGUGAUUUUUGUUUUUUAUUAUACUUAUUUAAUUCCUUUUUAUUUGACAGUGAAUUGCUCAUUAAUUAUGAGGACAAUUUGAGGAUUCAAAGGGAAGAGUUUUAUACUCUUGGGGAUCCCUCAAAGUGUACUCAUGUUUCUGUUGUGGAUUGUUGGUGUUUAUUGCUCAAUGAAAAUGAAAAGAACAAGCAAUCUUCAAAAAAGUUCUUCUUUAGUGCUAGUUCUAGUGUACGUUUUUUGUCAUUUUUAUUCUAAAUUACUUUUAUUUUAUUUUGAAUUAUUUUUAGUUAUUUCAUUGUUUUUUUUUUACAGCUUGCUUUGUUGGAUUUUAAUAAUAAUGGUGGUUCUGAACAAAUUGAUUUAAUUUGUGAUUCUUGGGUCAAAUGGGUGGAUUUCAACCAAGUUGAUUUGACUAAGUUUGAUCUGGUAAGAUAUUUUUUUAAUGAUUGAUUGGCUUAUAUAGUCACUAUUUUAGUUGUUAUAGCUACUAAUAGGUAGUUAGUACUUGUGCAGUCACUUUUUUUUAGAUAUAUUUAUUGAUUCAGUGAUAUAUAAUAUACAGAUUGUUGUCCCGAUAUUGAAAGGCAGUCAGUACUUCUUACUUCUUCUGAAUAUGAAGUUAAGAAUGGUUCAAUGGAUAGACAAUGUGAACCAUACUGCUGUUUCAGAAGAAGAAAUUAGAAAGCUCGGUGACACUAUGAAAGAUUUGUUGUCAACAAUUUUUGAUGAUAAGAUGCAAGCUACUCAUGUUAUUCCAUUAUGGAAAAUGGAACGAGUUCCCACCGAUUGGAAAAUGACUGCUAGGACAAACAUUGAAAGUGAUGUAUUUAUGAUGAUGAGCAUGCUGUUUUUCGAGGGAACAGUUGAU